AGAAGUUGAGAGGAGCGGGGAGUUGGCUAGAGUUGGACAUGGCUUACGCAGGUGGUGGGGGUGCGCCAGGGCUUGGGGGACUGUCGUCGUCCUCGUCGACGGCGAUAAGACAGGUGAAGCUGGACAAAGAGUGCGAGCUGAGGGUCGAAGUCGGCAUUGAAUCUCCUCUUCGCCUCCGUCUUCUCACUGGCACUGCAGAAAUCUUUGGCACCGAACUCCCUCCCGAAAUUUGGCUUACUUUCCCUCCUCGUCUCAAAUUCGCUGUUUUCACUUGGUAUGGCGCCACAAUUGAAUUGGAUGGGAUUACUGAGACUGAUUAUACUGCAGAUGAGACACCUAUGAUAAGCUAUGUAAAUGUACAUGCCAUAUUGGAAGGGCGGAGGAAUCGUGCCAAAGCAUCCUCAACCAGUGACUCUGAUUCUUCUCAGGGCCCCAGGGUGAUUGUUGUGGGACCGACAGAUUCAGGAAAGAGUACCUUGUCAAAGAUGCUUCUUAGCUGGGCAGCUAAACAAGGAUGGAAACCCACUUUUGUAGACUUGGAUAUUGGCCAGGGAUGUAUAACCGUUCCAGGAUGCAUUGCUGCUACUCCGAUCGAAAUGCCAAUAGAUCCAGUGGAAGGAAUCCCUCUUGAAAUGCCCCUUGUCUACUUUUUUGGGCAUACAACCCCUAGUGUAAAUGCAGAGUUGUACAAGGUGCUUGUGAAGGAGCUUUCUCAAACCCUAGAAAAACAAUUUUCUGGUAAUGCUGAAGCUCGUGCUGCUGGUAUGGUGAUUAAUACCAUGGGAUGGAUAGAAGGUGUUGGUUAUGAGUUACUUCUACAUGCAAUUGACACACUCAAUGCCAAUGUAGUUUUGGUUCUGGGCCAGGAGAAACUAUGCAGCAUGCUUAAAGAUGUUCUGAGGAAUAAGCCUCAUGUGGAUGUUGUGAAACUCCAAAGGUCGGGUGGCGUUGUAUCGAGGAAUGCAAAGGUUCGUCAGAAGGCAAGGAGCUACAGGAUAAGGGAAUACUUCUAUGGCAUUGCAAAUGAUCUUUCCCCUCACUCCAAUCUUGUGAGUUUCAGUGAUUUGUUUGUAUAUCGAAUUGGUGGCGGGCCUCAAGCACCACGUUCAGCUCUGCCAAUUGGUGCGGAGCCUGCAGCUGAUCCUAUGCGGCUGGUCCCUGUGAAUAUCAACCGUGACCUUAUUCAUUUAGUUCUUGCAGUGUCUUAUGCAAAAGAACCUGAUCAGAUUAUUUCCAGCAACAUAGCUGGAUUUAUCUAUAUCACUGACAUUGACAUUCCGAGGAAGAAGAUUACUUACCUUGCACCAUCAGCUGGAGACCUCCCGAGUAGAUAUUUGAUAGUUGGAACCUUGACGUGGAUUGAAACGUGAUGUUUUGGGGACAAUUGAAGCAGAGACUUCCGUUGUGACAUUAAAGUGCAACAUUAAUUCUUCAGUA